AUGGCCACCACCGUCAUAUCCCCUCUUCCCCCUUCAAACCAGCCAUCUAUCCAAGAUGACAACACCACAUCCGAAUUCAUCCCCUCCAAACACCUCAACUUCUCCCCUCCCUCCUCAAUUCUCACCAUGCAAGACCUCAAGCUCUCACCCACAGCUCUUUCCCCCAUCGCAACAACAGACCCCUUCCCCCUCCUCUCCCCCGAAGGCGUCCUCCAACACCGCCGCGAACUCUUUAGCAACGACGUCCUCGACAACUGUAUGCACCACACGCGCCCUGGAUCCGUUCAAAUCCGCGGCAUGGCACCCCGCUACGCGCCCUUCAUCCAUAAAUUCUGGCACUCGCCCGAAGUACUGGGCAUCAUCAGCAAAAUCGCUGGCGUGGACCUAGUUCCCGCGAUGGACUAUGAAAUCAGCCACACAAACGUGCAGCUUGGGCCGGGCGGUCUCGAGGCCGUUAGAAACACACCCGUCGAACCACCUGUUGCUACGGAAGAUGCAAUCAGGGCGUUUGAAGAGAACAAGGUGAAGAAGCAGGCGGUGACGGAUCAGACCAAGCCUAUUAUUGAGUGGCAUAAGGAUUCGCAUCCGUGGGUGUGUGUGGUUAUGCUCUCGGAUGCGAGGCACAUGAGCGGCGGGGAGACGGAGCUGAUGAAAGGGGAUGGGACGACUAUUAAGGUCAAGGCGCCGCAGAUGGGGAGUGCUGUUCUUCUUCAGGGGAGGUAUAUUAAGCAUACUGCUGCGCCUGUUACCAAUAUGCCAGAGCGUGUUACCAUCGUCACGUCCUUUAGACCUAGGGAUCCGCGGGUCGUGGACGAUACUACCAAUGCUAAUAUUCGGAACAAGUCUCACCUUACUGAGCUGUACUACCAGUGGACGACGUACCGUUUGGAUGUGUUGGCGCAGAGGGCGCGUCUGACGGCUGAUGCUCUUCGCAAGAGGUAUGAAGAGAAUGUGAAGGCUUCUGAUGCAGAGGGUAAGCCGGGCAUGUGUCUUGUCGAGACGGUUAAUGUCAAGGAGGUGGAGGCGUGGGCGGAAGAGCAGAUCAAGUAUAUUAAGCAGACGUUGUAUGAGAUGAGGCCACUUGAGCAGUAA